AUGGUUAACGGCAGAGGAAUUUUAGUCGCGGCGUGUUUGGUGUUGUGCGGUUGCGCCUUCGUGGAAGCACAGUGGCGCAUUACCGAUCCCAGCUAUCUCGUUGGCGAACGGCUGAGAAGCUACCAUCAUCAACAUGGGCAUCUGCCACGAAGUCAGCGACGCCGUCCGUACGAGUUCGGUAAAGGUGUAUACCAUGAGAUGGACAUCAUGUUGAAAGCUCCACGCCAACGGAACGGUGUCGCUCUGACGGCAUUCCCGGACAGCCGUUGGCCAAAUGCAAUCGUACCGUAUGUCAUUACGGGAUCGUUCACUGCGGCGGAACAAGCGAUAAUUUUACAGGGAAUGAAUGAGAUUGCGACCAAAACCUGUGUACGCUUUGUGGCCCAAACGACCCAGCCACUGUACGUCUCAAUCACCAACACGGCCACCGGUUGCUGGUCGUAUGUUGGUCGCAGCUUGACCAACACGGAGAACCAGGUUAACCUGCAAAACCCAUCCUGCGUCGAUAUCAGUACCGUCGUCCAUGAGCUGAUGCACUCGAUUGGGUUCUACCAUGAGUUCACGCGCCCCGAUCGUGACUCCUAUGUAUCGAUUGACCAGGGUGCGCUCGAUCCGCAGUAUCAGACGGCCACGUUCUACAAGGAUAACUUCCAGAAGAUGGCCUACAGCGAUGUCGUGCUGUAUGGGCGCCCGUACGACUACGGCAGUGUGAUGCACUACUCGAAGUACGCGGCCGCCGCCAGCCGAUCCCGGCCAGUCAUGAACAACCUGCAGCCCUGGACGGGAGACUUUGGCAACGAUUACGGUCUCUCACCGUCCGAUGUCAUCGACAUCAACUACAUGUACUGCAAUGGUACCUCCACUACUACCGCCGCGGCAACAACCACGACGACGACGACGACGACGACCAAGGCGGCCACAACAACCGCUGCUGCUGGAAGUACUACUAAGGCCACUGGGACCACCACUGCUAGAGUAACGAGCACAAGGGCCACCACUACUACUGCAGCGCCCACUAGGACUACCACUACUACUGCAGCUCCUACUAGGACCACCACCACGCGUCCUCCUUUCGUUACAAUAUUCCCCAGAGAUUCCGGCAUCAUAGUACGUAUCAUCGAUGGCCCGAUCACCACGCUGAUUAAUCUGAUUCGAGGUCUUCCAAUAUUCAACCUGUUCGGAUAA